AAACAUGCUAGGUUAAUUAGUGACUCCAAAUUGUUCAUAGGUUUGAAUGUGAGUGUGAAUGGUUGUUUGUCUAUAUGUGCCCUGUGAUUGGCUGUCCACCAGUCCAGGGUGUACCCCGCCUCUCGCCUGAUGACAGCUGGGAUAGGCUCCAGCACCCCUGCGACCUUUGUGAGGAAACGCGGUAGAAAAUGAAUGAAUGAAUGACGAAGACAAGUAUUGUCUCGGUGGCACGGCGGUCGAGUGGUUAGCGCGCAGACCUCACAGCUAGGAGACCAGGAUUCAAUUCCACCCCUCGGCCAUCUCUGUGUGGAGUUUGCAUGUUCUCCCUGUGCAUGCGUGGGUUUUCUCCGGGUACUCCGGUUUCCUCCCACAUUCCAAAAACAUGCUAGGUUAAUUAGCGACUCCAAAUUGUCCAUAGGUAUGAAUGUGAGUGUGAAUGGUUGUUUGUCUAUAUGUGCCCUGUGAUUGGCUGGCCACCAGUCCAGGGUGUACCCCGCCUGUUGUCCAAAGACAGCUGGGAGUUACUAGUAUGUUUUGGAUAAAUAAAGGUUAAAUAAAUGUGGUCUAGGACUGCACGGCGGAUAAGUGGUUAGCGUGCAGGCCACACAGCUAGGAGACCGGCGUUCGAUUCCACCCUUGGUCAUCUCUGUGUGGAGUUUGCAUGUUUUCUCCGGGUACUCCGGUUUCCUCCCACAUUCCAAAAACAUGCUAGGUUAAUUAGCGACUCCAAAUAGUCCAUAGGUAUGAAUGUGAGUGUGAAUGGUUGUUUGUCUAUAUGUGCCCUGUGAUUGGUAGAAAAUGAAUGAAUGAAAGUCCGGUAUAGUUAAGGAUCCAGCAAAAACACAGUAGACAGUGAAGGAGGCGUUCCGUGGAAAAUGAAGUCAUUUCUAGAUGUUGACUAAGAGAGUUGGGCAAUGAUUUUCCGGUAAAUUCAAGAUGAACACGCAGCGUCUUCUUUUCUGCUUUUGUUCAGCCGUCCUUUUCAAUGGAGCCGUGGGUGCCGUGGUGACUUACCAUAAAAUGGCAGGCGAAGACUUCAGACUUCCGAUUGAGGUCAUAAUGUCGCCGCAGAGCCACAUACUUUUGUGUAAGAAUUCGUGCGCAAAGAACGGCACCCUCAUUAACACUAAAUUGGGCAAAGGUCCGAGUGGCAGGUACCUCUUGGAUUACGACGGUAAAAUGAACUUAGUCAUCACUCAGCUGACCCGCGCUGACUCGGGAUUUUACCAGCUCGCCGUAAGCAGUUCCUACAACAUCUCUGAGGAACGCUACUUCAAGCUCUUCAUCAGAGAUUUGUGUGACGGUGGAGUGGUCCAGGCCGAUCCUCGUGUCUACAGGGGAACAGAAGGCGGGAACGUCACCAUCCUUUGCUCCGGCUUUGUGACACCAUGGGACAGGAAGUUCCUCUGUCAGGGGGAAUGUAACAAAUUUCUGUUUGAGACCACAAAGGACUCCACCUCGGGCCGAUACAGCAUCCACUACGAGGAUACCAGCUACUUCCUAAUCACCGUGACACAGCUCACGGUGUCGGACUCGGGACGGUACAGGUGUGCUGCAGGACGGGCACACACUUUCAACGUGUGUCAGGAGUUUGAGAUCGCCGUCACGCGCGACUACACCGUCCCGCUGUGUGUGGCUGCUGCUGUCGUGUUGUUGGUCUCCCUUUUUCUACUGCUGCUCUACAGAUGGAGGUCCACUGUCCAUGGAAAAAACGGAAGGUACCCCGAAGACAGCAACAUGGAGCAGGUUGCCAGCUAUGAAAACAGUCCACCAAAUCCCGGAACAGAAGAGCGCAUCUAUCAGAGUAUCAAUGAAGCCACCAGGGACUUUGGAAGCUACGAGACACUUUCAAUCGCACAACAAGACACAAUGAACUGAACAUUUGGCAUUCACGACCCCCCCGCACCCCCCUCGAUUUGAAAUACUAGAGAAAACAAUAUGUAUUCAUUUAUCUGUACUGUACAGACCGAAACCAGGAGAAUGCAACAAAAUAGAGAGCAUACAAGGAUGUUCAAGAGUCAAAUUGCAUGUUAAUAAAUUUAUAAUGAAAUUAAAGCGCCCCCCCCUACCCCGAUAGUGUCCCACGCCCCGCUAUUUGACAAGCACUGUUUUACAUUAAGAUGCAUAAUGUACAAGGCUGCAUAAUUUGAAGAAAAAAAAAUACAGCUGGACUCAAAGCGCCCGUUGCAAUGUCAUUGCUUGUCCACUAGAUGGCAGAAAAAUCAAAAUAGACUCGACAUUCACGUUCCACAAUUAGUACAAUAUUAAUGUUCUGUUUUUUCAUUGUUUUUUCAUUGAGAGUGUCAGAAAAGUAGAUAUUGAAAUAUUUAAUCAUUUUGAAAACUCAUGAUAGUGAAUGUGUGACAUUUGAACUAGUGACGAGUGUACUUAUUUUUUAGUUAUUUUGCAUAUUAGCCAUCUGUUGAAGCAAGUUGGUAUAGUGUAUUGAUGCACUUUGCUAGCAUGCUAGCUGUUUGCAUUUUUAUUUAAAAAGCCCAAAAGUCAAGUCAAUGUCAAACACUGGCCCCGAGUUGAACAAAAAAAGCAUUUUCCUAGUUCAAAAUGCUACUUUUGUGGUUUCUAAAAACAGCGCCCGUUGCAAUGUCAUUGCUUUUCCACUAGAUGGCAGAAAAGUCGAAAUACAUUCGACAUUCACGUUCCACAAUCUAAUAUUUAUCUGCAUUGACUUGUGCCUUUAGUACAAUAUUAAUGUUCAUUUUUUCAUUGAGAGUGUCAGAAAAGUAGAAAUUGAAUCAUUUUGAAAACUCAUGAUAGUGAAUGUGUGACAUUUGAACUAGUGACGAGUGUACUUAUUUUUUAGCUAUUUUGCAUAUUAGCCAUCUGUUAGCCAAGUUGUCAUAGUGUAUUGAUGCACUUUGCUAGCAUGCUAGCUGUUUGCAUUUCUUUUUAAAAAGCCCAAAAGUCAAGCCAAGUCAAGUCAAUGUCAAACACUGGCCCCGAGUUGAACAAAAAAAAAGCAUUUUCCUAGUUCCAAAUGCUACUUUUGUGGUUUCUAAAAACAGCGGCCGUUGCAAUGUCAUUACUUUUCCACUAGAUGGCAGAAAAGUCGAAAUACAUUCGACAUUCACGUUCCACAAUCUAAUAUUUAUCUGCAUUGACUUGUGCCUUUAGUACAAUAUUAAUGUUCAUUUUUUCAUUGAGAGUGUCAGAAAAGUAGAAAUUGAAUCAUUUUGAAAACUCAUGAUAGUGAAUGUGUGACAUUUGAACUAGUGACGAGUGUACUUAUUUUUUUAGCUAUUUUGCAUAUUAGCCAUCUGUUAGCCAAGUUGGCAUAGUGUAUUGAUGCACUUUGCUAGCAUGCUAGCUGUUUGCAUUUCUUUUUAAAAAGCCCAAAAGUCAAGCCAAGUCAAGUCAAUGUCAAGCACUGGCCCCGAGUUGAACAAAAAAAAGCAUUUUCCUAGUUCCAAAUGCUACUUUUGUGGUUUCUAAAAACAGCGCCCGUUGCAAUGUCAUUGCUUUCCCGCUAGAUGGCAGAAAAGUCGAAAUACAUUCGACAUUCACGUUCCACAAGCUAAUAUUUAUCUGCAUUGACUUGUGCCUUUAGAACAAUAUUAAUGUUCAGUUUUUUCAUUGAGAGUGUCAAAGUACAAAUUGAAUCAUUUUGAAAAGUCAUGAUAGUGAAUGUGUGACAUUUAAACUAGUGACGAGUGUAGUUAUUUUUUUUUUUUAGCUAUUUUGCAUAUUAGCCAUCUGUUGAAGCAAGUUGGCAUAGUGUAUUGAUGCAGGUUGCUAGCAUGCUAGCUGUUUGCAUUUUUAUUUAAAAAGUCCAAAAGUCAAGUCAAGUUAAGUCAAUAUCAAACACUGAACAAAAAAGAACAAAAAAAGCAUUUUCCUAGUUCCAAAUGCUACUUUUGUGGUUUCUAAAAACACUCCAAUGUUAGUUUGUAAUAUUAAACCACUAGGACGUGUCCAGAUGCAACUUUAAAGCAGUAAAAUAUAUAUUUACAUAUCAUAAUAUAUUAAAACAAUAUCAUUUCUAUGAACGUGUUUGUAGCCGGAAAAUGAAAGUGAAAGAAAAAAGAAAAAAAAAAAACUAGAAUAACAAGCACACAUAAACACACAAUACAUACAUCUUUCCAUGUGCUAAAGUAAAAAAAAAACGACAACCCCUGAGCCCAAAUAAAAACUUCAUGACCUCGGUAGCCUCUCUGACCCUCGGUCAUAAAAGUGUAAAAUGACUUUGAGCCAAACAACCCCCUUACCCCCUCCCCCAAAAUGUCUAACUUCAAAAUACACACAGUUUCGACUUUAAACUGGUGAUGGUCCAAUUCCUGACACUGUUGUGAAACGAGUCACAUACCAACAAGCCAACAGUGGUUAUAUGUACAUACAUACAAUCAGUCAUACGUCAGUCAUGUACGUAUAUCCAGUCUUCUCCUAAACGGUCCAAUCUCAACGCGGACAUCCUUCAUCCUUCAGAGAGCCUAUAAAGAAUUCUUGUGGCCCCCAGAUGGUCAAAGAAUUUAAACAAGCGCUUGUGCAAGUAAUGAUGUCAUCCAUAUGGAACUUAAAGAGCUGAAAAAUCUGGUAUCAAUACAUCAGCCCAUAUAGUGCAUGUUUUCCAAACCCCUAUGCAAAAUGUUUAAUAAGUCAUCUCCAUAUUUGUAUUGUAAAACUAUAUUCAUGUA